UUAAAAGCUUAACUCAUUCAUUCAUAGGUAUAUUCAUAUGGAAAUCGAGACUAUAAUUGAUUAUUAAAUCAAGGUUUGGUAUGGGACAAUAUGCUUCAGAACCAAUGGUUCAUAAGGAUUCGGAAAUUUAUGAAAAUAAAAAAUUAAUGGUUGGUGCUUCCUCAAUGCAAGGAUGGAGAAUAAAUAUGGAGGAUUAUAAAACUUGCUUAAUGUCGAUUCCGGAAGACCCUGGGACCUCUUUUUUUGGAGUGUUUGAUGGUCAUGGGGGUAAUAGGACUGCCGAGUAUUCUUCACAUCACCUGGUGCAAAAAAUCGUAGAACGUUCUGAAUAUGGUGAAGGAAACAUUCAACAAGCAAUCGAAAACGCUUAUUUAGAACUCGACGAUGAAAUGAGACAUUGCGAAGAGCUUAAGAACGACAAAUCAGGGACCACUGCCAUUUGCGUCAUCAUCAAAAACUCAAAACUAUACUGUGCAAAUGUGGGCGAUUCAAGGGGCAUUAUAUGUAUCAAGGGCAUAGCAAGUCCUUUAUCUAUCGACCAUAAACCUUCGGAUCCUCAGGAAAUCGCUAGGAUUGAAAGCUCUGGCAGCUUUGUUUCCUUCGAUCGAGUCAACGGAAUAUUAGCUAUGUCACGAGCUCUGGGCGAUUUUUCUUUUAAAAUCAACACAAAUUUACCUCCCGAAAAACAAUGUAUUUCGCCUUUUCCCGAUGUAAAAACAGUAGAUCUUACCACCUCCUCCGACAUCGAUUUUGUGUUGUUAGCCAGCGACGGUAUCUGGGACGUGCUUAAUAAUCAACAAGUUGCCGAUUUUGUCGUAAGCCAAGCCCACCAAAACAGACAUAAACCUCAUAAGAUUUGUGAACAAAUGAUAGACAAAUGCCUUGCCGCUGACACUCUUUCUCCUCUAAGCGCUUCUGGUCUCGAUAACAUGACAAUCGUUCUCAUAGUUUUCUUGCAACCUCUAGCCUCACUACCACAAACUGCGACAACAUCUCAGGACAAACAUAAUAAUUCUCCUUUUUUUACACCGAAAUCUUCCAAUUCUUCAAAUUCUCCUAAAAUUUCGCUCACCUCGGCAUCACCCGUUCAAGAUCCAAGCGGUAUCUCCGAUAUCGAUAAAGCGUAUCUUGAAUGGUGCAAAAAAUGUGAUUCUUAUUAUAAGUGCAUUAAAUCAGGUGGGGAAGUCUCGCAAGAAAGCCAGAGUAGUAGUAGUAGCAACGAUUCCAGAUCAUUACCUAGAGAUAGUGUUAUAGAUCAAAUCGAUAAAAAUACUUUUAUGAUAACAGUAUCUUCACCAGAAAAUACGACUCCAAGAAUUCAAAAUAUUACAACGACAUUAAAUGCACAAGAUGAUAUUCCGGAACAAAAAAAUGAGAAUGAUCCGCAAAAUAAAAUUAACGAAGAUAAAACUGCAGGGAAACGGCGAACAGAAUUAUAAUUAAGACACGUAUUUAAUAAAAAAGUUUUUUUUACAAGAAUCAGUUUAUAUCAUGGGGAAAUAUAUUUAUAUGGGAAAUUUUUUUUAAAAAAACAUACUUUUCUAUUUAUCGGUGAAGAAUAUAUAAUUGGUGAUUAUAUUGCUAGUUUUUUUGGAAGGGGCACAGUAUAUAAAUAUAAUAUAUUAUUUUAAAUGCGAAUUAUUAGACUUUACUUUAAUUAUCGUUAUAUAGUAUAAAAUUUUAACACAUAAAAUAAUUUCGUAUAUUAUUUGUUCACCCCAUACUAUUUUUACAGCUCACUACAAAAACAUUUAAUAUUUUUUAUCAUAGGUUUAAAAAACUUAUUUUAUUUAUACUUUUUCUCAUAUAAUUAAAAUGUUGUAAACGCGCACAAUUUAUUGAAUAUAUAUUUUUUGUAAUGACAUUCAAGCAAUAAAUUAUAAAUAUGAUUUUAUCCUUACCCCCUCUCCCCGCCGACUUUUUAAUAAUAUAUUUUUAAAGAAUUGUAUAAUUUAUUGAACAAUUAAUAUAAUAUUUAUUAUUACAUCACUUUAACAGAUUAUUAUUUUAAAUUUUGACUUUUAUAAGUGUUCAACGUCCAACACGAUUCGUAAUAUAAUUUAUAUUAUUUAGGAAUUGCAAAAUUAUAUCCAUUAAAUGAUGGAAUCUUUUCAUUUAUGCCCAUUAGAAAAUUAAUUAUCAUAUGUAGGAUAAAGUUAUAUCACUUGUUAUUAUUUCAGCAUUAUAUUAAUUUUUAUCGAUCAUAGCUAUUAAACCAUUUAGAUACAUUUUUGUAUAUUUGUCAGAGGCGUAACACAAAAUAUUAGGGGUCCCCCCGCCAACAAAAAUUAUUGGGACCUCCAUUUAUUACUUGAGGCCUUCCUUGAGUCUGUAAAAAUUUGAAUUAGACCUCGGGAAUGUCUACUGCGCCUCUGAUAUAUAUUUAAUAAUUAUAUUUUCAUGCGAUAUAUUAAAAAUAUGUCUUCUCA